AUGCCUGCUGGUGGUACGACCCUGCGGUCGACCGCAGACUAUCACGAGACAUCAAGGUCAUCAUCUGGUCGCCACCACCACCAUCAUCAACAUCAACAUCAUCGCUUGUCAGGAUCAUCCUCCUAUGUCUUUGCACCUAGCUGGAUGCUACGUAAUGGGAAGAAACCACCAAACAAUGACCAACUCGCUUUUACUUCAUUCGCUGGAGGCAACAAUGCACCACAAACGUCAUUUUCUUCUCGUAAAUCAGAUUACUCUCGACCCACAGUAUCGACAUUACGUUCAUCCAAUUCAUCGCCUUAUCCAUCAUCUUGGGAGGAGGAAGAGAACAACAACGAUAAGCCUGAUGCCAGUGAAUUCCCUACCCUCACAUCAGAUGAUACAAUCAACAAACGCAACGAAGGACGAUCAGCAUGGAGCAAUCCACAUUUGAUCAAGGAAAAAGUAUUAUCACCAACACGAAUCGACCAAGUUAGUCAAUUGGAUAUGGGUCCAUCCCCUGAAGACAUUGAAUUUGAAAGGCUCAAGGCAUUGGUACCAAAGCAACGCACGGCAACAAGAAAGAUUGGCAAUCGGUUAUCCUCUGCGAGUCCAUCACCCUCGUCUUCUUCAUCCUCAUCUCAUCACCAUCAUCAUCAUCGCAGCAGUCAUCCUCAUCCUCCUCAUCAACAACAUUCUCAACCGCAUCCUCAUCAUCGUACAUCCAAAAGCAGCUCCACCCAUAUACGUGCUACCAACACCACCAGCAGCCAUAGAGCACCUUUUAUGAAAAAGGAUCACCCUGCCAUUGUCAAAAUCUCGACUUCCACUCAUGCUACCACCACCACCAUCACCACCAAACGUGUCUCCAGUGAUAGUGGUACCAGCACUAGUAGCAGCAGCACUAGCAGCACUAGCAGCAGCAGUGGUAUGCAACAUGAUAUGGCUCAACAAGAUCCAUUGCCAACAGCACCACCACGAUCAUCAUCAUCCACCACCACCACCACAGCAAGAACACCACCGACACCACCAACCACUUCAACAACAACCACAACACCAGGACACUUGUGGGUCGAUGAACGAGAAAAGCAACAUUUCUUGUCAUGGUUGUAUACUUGGACAUGUCAACCUGGGAUUGAAUGGAGAAAGGAUGCGCAUGCAUUACAUCAUCAUGGUGAGUAUUCGUAUUUUGGUCCUCUCGGUACAAAGAGUGAUGCAAGCUUGUUCUACCAAGGAAAUAUUCUCGUGCAUUCUCCAUGGUACAAUUACUCCUGA